AUGUUGGCAAACAAGAAUAUUCCCUCGUUAUUUAUCAUCUUUGUAGCUCUAGUUUUCUUCCAAGGUACCCUUUCGAAUGCACAGCCAUCUGAGCCUGAGAUUGAAACGCAAUGCGCUUUUCUGGAUGUUCAAGGAUCAUAUGAUAUCAAUGCCGCUCUAAUGGCCACAACAACGGACAACACCAGACCAAAAAGAAUAAAAACAACAAAGGUUCAAAAGCAGACACUCACAUGGCCUGAAGCCGAAGGCUUGAUAAAGCAGGGUCAACAAGUCUCGCUGGCUCCCCGAGACACUAUUCAGCCAACCAAACCUGUUCGUCCGAGCGGCUUAAACUCUACGAUUGCGAAAACUGCUAGAUUUUGUAAGGGCACUUUCGAAGAACAUAUAGUAUGCAUUUGGGUGGGAAAUCAAACACGAACUCCGCCACUUCCUGGUUACAAGCCUGGGUGGUACACCGAUUCUGCAGGCCACGUGAUAGAUUUAGCCAGGCUCAAUUAUAAAACCAAGAUAGAGGUUUCGGUCAACGGCACCGACUACAAACCCUACACAGUUGCUGGGUUUUGUACCUUUCCCAUAGAGCCCAAUGUCAUAAAAGAUUGUGCGCAGAUCGUUUUACCAGUACCCCUAUCGAAUGGAGAAUGCUUGACCCUCCUUUAG